CUGCGCGCCGACGCGGGGCAAGAUGGCGGCGCCCGGCAAGCUUCCACUCGCUUAGUCGUUUCGAGCGCUUGUAUCUUCCCUUUCAGCAUGUUCCUUCUCCGAGACUGUGGCCGCCGGGCCGCGGCGUCCCUCGGCAGACGCUUGCCUCUGCGUCGCCUCGGCAGCGACAGCGCGGCCCCGUGCGGCGCGCGCUUUGAUGUGGUAGUGAUCGGAGGGGGGCACGCGGGGACCGAGGCGGCCGCCGCCGCCGCUCGCUGUGGCUCGCGGACUCUGCUGCUCACACACCGCGUGGACACGAUCGGUCAGAUGUCCUGUAACCCUUCCUUUGGUGGCAUCGGAAAGGGGCAUUUGAUGAGGGAAGUAGACGCCUUGGAUGGCUUGUGUUCGCGAAUCUGUGACCAGUCUGGUAUACAUUACAAAGUACUAAACCGGCGUAAGGGCCCUGCGGUGUGGGGGCUGAGAGCGCAGAUUGAUAGGAAACUUUAUAAACAGAACAUGCAGAAGGAAGUCCUGAAUACACCCCUGCUCAUGGUUCAAGAGGGAGCUGUAGAAGAUCUAGUUCUUACAGAACCAGAGCCUGGAUACCCUGGGAAGUGCCGGGUCAGAGGUGUUGUUUUGGCAGAUGGAAGUACAAUUUAUGCAGAGAGUGUGAUUCUGACAACUGGGACAUUUCUGAGAGGCAUGAUGGUAAUUGGAUUGGAGAUGCAUCCUGCAGGACGUUUGGGGGAUCAACCGGCUAUAGGGUUGGCUCAGACUCUGGAGAAGUUGGGAUUUGUGGUAGGAAGACUGAAGACUGGAACUCCACCCCGUCUUGCCAAAGAGUCCAUUAAUUUCAGCAUUCUAAACAAGCAGACACCAGAUAAUCCAUCCAUACCAUUCAGCUUUCUCAGUGAAACAGUGUGGAUCAAGCCAGAAGAUCAGCUGCCAUGUUACUUGACCCAUACCAACCCCAGAGUGGAUGAGAUUGUCCUUGAGAACUUGCACCUCAAUAGCCAUGUUAAGGAAACCACACGAGGACCCCGAUACUGUCCCUCCAUUGAAUCAAAAGUUUUACGUUUCCCAAACCGUGUACAUCAGGUUUGGUUGGAACCGGAAGGAACGGAUUCUGACCUUAUCUACCCCCAAGGGUUAUCUGUUACACUACCAGCUGAGCUACAAGAGAAAAUGAUAACAUGCAUCAGAGGCUUGGAAAAAGCCAAAAUGGUUCAACCAGGCUACGGUGUUCAGUAUGACUAUUUAGAUCCCCGUCAGAUGAGUCCUUCCCUUGAGACACAUUUGGUUCAACGGCUAUUCUUUGCUGGACAGAUAAAUGGAACCACUGGCUAUGAGGAAGCUGCAGCUCAGGGUGUGAUAGCUGGGAUCAACGCCAGUCUUCGGGUCAGUGGAAAACCACCCUUUGUUGUAAGUCGCACAGAAGGCUACAUAGGAGUCUUGAUUGAUGAUCUUACCACACUGGGCACCAGUGAACCAUACCGCAUGUUUACCAGCAGGGUAGAGUUCCGUUUGUCACUGCGCCCAGAUAAUGCUGACAGCCGCCUCACAUUCCGAGCCCAUAAGGAUGCUGGCUGUGUGUCCCCACAGCGAUAUGAAAGAGCUUCGUGGAUGAAAUCUUCUUUAGAAGAAGGCAUUUCUGUGUUGAAAUCCAUUGAGCUUUCAAGCUCCAAGUGGAAAAAGUUAAUUCCACAAGUUUCUAUAAGUGUUAAUAGAAGCCUUCCUGUCAGCGCUCUAGAUGUUCUUAAGUGUGAAGAAGUUGACAUGGACUUACUAGCCACUGCUGUUCCUGAGCCCUUGCAGAAGUACACUGCUGAUAGAGAGCUGGCGAGAAGACUGAAAAUAGAAGCUGCUUAUGAGUCUGUAUUGAUGUUUCAACUACAAGAAAUAAAGGAGGUUCAGCAAGAUGAAGCUUUGCAACUGCCACAAGACCUAGAUUAUCUAACAAUCAGGGAUGUGUCAUUGUCCCAGGAAGUUCGAGAGAAGCUACACCUGAGUCGCCCACAGACAAUUGGAGCUGCUAGUCGUAUACCUGGAGUGACACCAGCUGCCAUCGUCAAUCUGCUCAGAUUUGUGAAGACCACUCAGCAAAGACAGGCAGCAGUGAUGGAACACCAAACCAAUUAGUACUUAUGUGAUACAAAGAAACUUCGAGACAGAGAAUUGUAACUUUCAUUUCAUAGAGGACUUGUAGAAAGGGCCUAGAGAGUAUAAAAAUAGCACCUGUGAGAAUAGCAUUGUUAGAUUAUUUUAGGUUUAUAUUUGUAAGACAAAGGUUACAGUUGUACUUUUUUAUGUAUCUAAGCAAAAUAGUUAAAAACAAUGUAUAGUUCUCUCUGGGGCUCUAUACAGUAAGCCUAUUUCUAUAGGUUAUAUAUCAUUCAUCAGAGGUUAAUAGUUAAGCCAAAACUAACCCUGAAACUGAGUGGUGGUACAGAUUUUAAAUAUCUCUUUAAGAGGCUGAGGCUGGGCUGGGCAGGGCAGUGGUGAUGCACACCUUUAGUCCCAGCACUCGGGAGGCAGAGGCAGACAGAUCUCUGAGUUUGAGGCCAGCCUGGUCUAUACAGAUUAAGUUCCAGGACAGGCAGGGCUAUACAGAGAAACCCUGUCUCAAACAAAAGAGACUAAAGCAGGAGGAUUAGGAGUUCAAUAUUAAAUUGGCUGUACAAUGAAACCUGGUCUCGAGGAAACAAAGACAGCCACUUACAGAGCCUAUGCUCCUUGGCCCACUUUUGUCAUUUAUGCAGAAGAACUUUCCCUGACACUCUGGACACUCACACUCAUUCUCCAAAGCUCUACCAUUCUGUUUGCUUUCUUUUAACCAAAUGGUAUUUCUCUCUCUUUCCAGCUUCCUCUCCCUGGCAGCUGCAGAGAUUUACAGUUUGCUUGCCCUGUUGUUUUUCUCUCAAACUCUUGUAAAAUGGUCCUUGAGUUUUAGAAACAAAAAGUAUUCAGGGGUAGGAGAGAUGGCCCAGAGGCUUGCUAUGCUUACAGAGGACCUGAGUUUGACUCCCAGCAUCCACAUCAGCCUGAUGCCUGUAACUGCAGUUCAACGGGUCUGAUGCCAUCUUCUGGCCACCACUAGUGCCCAGACCUCCUUUGUAUCCUUCCCCAAAUAAAAUCUGAGGAUCUGA